AUCCGGAGGCAUCGAGCGCUGGUUAAGAAUCUGAAUGCCAAUCCCCACGUGAUACAGGAGAGUCAGAAAGAAUUCAUGCAACCAGAAAAAAAGCUCCUGGAACGUCACAUAUCAGAUGGACGGAAAUAUAUUGAAGCAAAUGAGAAAGUUCAUGUCACUGGGAAGAAACUGAAGCAGCUUCUGGAAGGGGUUUCACAUGACUUGACGAUCACAUGGAGCACCCAAGAUAUAAGUGCAUUUUUCCAGUUUGUGGAUGAACUGAAUGUCAGAGAUGCACUGCCCUUUCAGCUUCUAUGUCUCCUCCUCUCACUUUUGGCCUUCAUGAUCCCAUCUUCAGAGAAAGACUAUAGCUGCUCUGAGGCCAACAAUUUUGCCCACUGGUUCUAUCCCAUGCUGCAAUAUAUCAAUGGACUCACACCGACCUAA